UCACAGCUUACAUAGUAACCACCAACGAGUCUCGUCUCGACAAGGCCGUCACAGUUCAUAGCGACGUUACCUAACGAUACAUUGUCAAGUCGCAGAGAUAGCUCGAAGUUCCUGUUCUCUCAGUCGAGCCUUGAAACGAUACACCACACACACCUACCCGCGUCUCGCCAGAUUUUUCCGCCUUCUGACUUCUUAUACAAACAUGUAAAUCCGUGGCUGCACGCACGCCUGCUCAACAGUCUCCGCCUCCAUUUUCCUUCGCCUACAUCCUCUCAGGAUCCUUUCCACAAUGCCGAUGGUUACCGCCGACACCGAUUUACCCAAGUUGCUCGACACCCCCGCGAAGCAGGUCAAAUGGGUAAAGAAGCUGGUCGCCGAGCAUCUGAAAAGUGCUGCGAAGCGCAUCGACAAGCCUCCUAUGCAGGGAAUGUUCAGCAGGACCCUGUUCGUUACCCUCGCUGACGGCCGUGAGGUGGUUGUGCAAUUUCGUACCGAAGCGCUUGACAUCAACGCGUUCAAGAUCGCCAAGGCGGCGCUAGGCUCAUUUGUCCCGGAUGCUGAAGCUCUCGGCAAUGAAGAGUUAGAGAGCGCGCGGGCCUGGGCUUACUCCCUAACCCUCAUGCCCGGCAAGAUGUGGCUGCGUGGAGUUGCCGGGAAGGGAGCCGAAGGGCGUAUUGCCGUCAACAAGUCAUUAGGCCGCGUCUUUUCGAAGGGCUUUCUCGCCGACAACAGCUGUGAAGCUGUCGAAACCAAGCUUCGACCGCACCUGGACGCCAUUUUAGCGUCGCCGUUGGAAGAUAUCCUUCCCUAUAAAGCGACUGUUGAGAGCUUCGCCAAGAGGCUUGAUGAGUUUGCCCAGCUCCCGCUGUGGGUUGCCCAUUACGAUCUUAACGACGUGAACGUGCUCAUCGACGAGAAAUGCGAGGUUACCGCCUUGAUCGACUGGGAACUAUCCACCCCGCUGCCUUUCGGGGCCGGCUUCGGCCGCAUCCACACCAUUGCCGGCGAAUACACCGGAGGCGAGUUCUGGAUGCCGGAAGAAUUCGAGGUUGCGGAAAGGGGCUUCUGGACGGAGCUGUUCGACGGAAUGCCGGAACACAUUCGAACGAUGCUGGAAAAAAGCAUUGACCUGGUCCAGGAUGUUGUCAUACUUGCGACCUUGCUAAGUUGCUUUUUCUUUGAGGAUGGGAAGGUCGGUGUUGGCCAGGUUACCUUGAAGGCACUCCCGAAAUUUAUGACCUAUCGAAUCCCUUUUGUCCGAGGGCAGGAGCAGCCGUAUAGAGAAUAGUAUGAAGUUGGGAUAGAAUGUGACAGGGAACAUAGAGGAAUAGCUGAGAUUUACAUCUAAAGGCACAUGGCAAGCAAAACGCUACCUAGCAGAGUUCCUACAAGAACGUGAUAAGAA